AUGAGGUUCUUAUCUUUGAUCUUCUUAUUCAUCGUUAGCAGAUGUGUUGCAGCUAUUGAUAACGAGACAGAUGGGUAUGCUGAUCCUGCCGAACAACGGGAUUUUGUUAAUUUGAAUGUCACCUAUGACAUACUCGAAAAGCCUAAGAUCAACUUCAAUGUUCCUACAGAAUUUGCUGCCGACGAAACGGCUACCUUUAAUAUUACGUUCCAAAAUAAUGAAGACAGUAAUGUUACCGUGGUAGGUCUUUCCGGCAGCGUGAUAGAUGCAAUGGUUGGUUACGAGAUCGCUAAUAUUAGUGCUCAAGAACUAGGGCCCCUCAACGUUGCAGUCAAUGAAACUGUGACCUUCCGGGCUCCUAUCCAACUUACCUUGCCUGAGGGAUCUUUCUUCUUAGCACCAAUUUUGUUCAUUGUGAAGGCUGAUAAGGUUAUGAAAGUUGGAAUCCCCCCUCUUUCGAUUUUCAUCUCGCCGCCACCUCUGUCUUUCCUCAACCCAAGUUUCCUCUCCGUCCAGGUGCUUUUGGGACUGGUCGUCGUGGGUACCACUUAUCUCGUAAUCAACUUCAAAAAGCAAGGCGGUCGAAGCACCAAGAAAAGAUCCACGAAAGCAAGGCCUGUUGACGAAAAUUGGUUGCCUAGUAUACACAAGAAGUAA